AUGUGCUUCAGCGAGUACUUCGCUGUUAUCCCGCAGGGAUGCCGUGCCGAGAACAAGCAUGCCUACAUGCUGAAGGACGUCAUCCCAUGCUUCGAAACCGUUUUCCUCGCUAUGGCCCGAAAUGCCGACGCUGGCGGCGAUCCAGCUACCCUAAAUAUCACCCUCUGCGGCCCCAAGGACUGUCUCAAGAUCGACUGCUUCCGUCAGAAGCUUGAGGUCAAGGCCCUGCAGGUGAAGGACCCUUACUGUCCUGUUUGCCUGUGUGAGAAGACUCUUGCUGAGGCGUUGACAGUGGAAGAGAAUGAAAACACCCAAUAUGCCAUCCUGCCAAAUGGCAAUGUCCUUCGCCCCGCCGCCGACAACCACAACGCGCUGCCAAAAUACGUGGUUCAACGCCAGUUCUUCCUCAAGAGGGAAAUCAUGUCCGAGUCCAAGCCCAUCAGUGUCAAGACUGAUGUGUCCAGCAAGUUGCGCCCCGCCCCCCGCCACUCCAAGCUGCCGGCCGGCAUCUGGGAUGAGCCUGACGUCGACGAUACAUUCAACAUGUAUGUGUCGAUGUUCAUGGGACUCUACGAUAAGCACGGUCGUAAUGAGUUGGAGGAGGUUCCGGGUGCUGAGCUUCGAUGGUUCUAUGAUCCUUGGGCCGAUGAGGAGUGA